GACCUUAACAAUCUACAACAACCACCUUAUUCACAAUAUAAUUUUUUUUUUAUUUUUUUAUUUAUUUAUUUAUUUAUUUAUAGAAGCAUACUUCAUCAAGUAUAUUUCUAAUCUCAUUUUGUAAUUAGAAAGUGCUGUAUAACCCCUACGGGUUUAGAACGUCUUCACGAAUAUUAUAAUAAUAUCAAGCGGGAAAACUGUAUGCUUUCUUUAAGGGUGUACUUCAAGAAGAAAUCAUGGCGAUGAUGCAAGAACGAAGUAGUAUUGAUGAGCAGGAUGCAGUAGCUGAUGUUGGAGCUUCUGGGCCAUUGCUUAUACAUACUCUUGAGCAAAAUGGGAUAUCAGCUGCAGACAUCAAAAAGUUGGAGGAGGCUGGUUACUAUACUGUUGAGGCUGUGGCUUUUGCCCCAAAAAAGGCUCUUCUUGGCAUCAAGGGAGUCAGCGAAGCUAAAGCAGAUAAAAUAUUGGCAGAAGCUUCUAAACUAGUACCAAUGGGCUUUACAACUGCAACAGAAUUUCAUCAGAAACGUGCAGAUUUGGUUCAGCUUACUACAGGCUCCAAAGAGCUAGACAAGUUAUUAGGAGGUGGGAUAGAAACAGGUUCUAUCACAGAAAUAUUUGGAGAAUUCCGUACUGGAAAGACUCAACUAUGCCACACACUAGCUGUUACCUGCCAGCUUCCUUUAGAUAUGGGUGGUGGUGAAGGAAAGUGCCUUUACAUAGAUACAGAAGGAACAUUUCGACCUGAACGUCUUCUUGCAGUUGCUGACAAAUAUGGGCUCUCUGGGGCUGAUGUGCUUGAUAAUGUAGCCUAUGCCAGAGCAUAUAACUCGGAUCAUCAGACACAGUUGUUGAUUCAAGCAGCAGCUAUGAUGGCAGAGUCAAGAUAUGCAUUAUGUAUAGUAGACAGUGCUAUGGCAUUGUAUAGAACAGAUUAUGCAGGGAGAGGAGAACUCUCUGCUAGGCAGAUGCACUUAGCACGUUUUUUGCGAAUGCUUCUCAGAUUGGCUGAUGAGUUUGGUGUUGCUGUGGUAAUAACAAACCAAGUGGUUGCUCAGGUGGAUGGAGCAGCAAUGUUUGCAGCAGAUCCAAAGAAACCCAUUGGAGGCAAUAUUAUGGCUCAUGCUUCUACAACUAGAUUAUAUCUAAGGAAAGGUAGAGGAGAAACCAGAAUCUGUAAAAUUUAUGAUUCUCCAUGCCUUCCUGAAGCAGAAGCGAUGUUUGGUAUAUAUGCUGAUGGUAUUGGUGAUGCCAAGGACUAAGCAUUGUACCCAAUGACAGCAUAAUGGUUUUGCCUUAAUCUGUCGAAUCUUUUCACUUGAGUCCUUAUGUUCAAGGAUUAUGCAGUCCAAUAUUUUUUUUAUAUAAAUCUGUGCAUACGAAGGUAAUACAUCAAUAAAUGCUUUUAUAAAAUUCGUAGCAAUAACUUGUUUCCUGCAUUGGAGAUUCUUAUUUGACAAUAUUUCAGACAGUAUGUAAUACAUAUAUCCCAGUUUUUUGUGCACGACAAUAACUCUAUAGUUGUAUUCACUCAUUUCUUGUUUUGCGUACUCUAUGUCAUGUCACGUCACUGUCUCCCACUUUGAAAGAAGAAUUGUAAGAUAAUCUUUUAUAUACCUUUAUCAUUUGUCAUAAAAAAUAUUUUCAUUGUCAUUUGUAAUAAAGUUCAUUAAUCUUUGUCAGCAGAGUGUACCUUUACAGUUGAAUGUCAGCAUUAUGUGAUUUGUUAUGCAAGAAAAUAGUUUAAAAAAAAAUUAUCAUUUAUUGACCUAGAUAACCCUUGUGGGUUUUGUGCUUAGUUUUGAUUGUAAUAAUAAUAAUAAUAUUGAACUAUAUAUAUGUAGUGUAAAGCACCCUUCUGGCAAGACAGUGAUGGAGUGAAUGAUGGUGAAAGUUUUUCUUUUUCGGGCCACCCUGCCUUGGUGGGAAUCGGCCAGUGUGAUAAUAUAAUAAAAAAUAUAUAGUAAAUUCUCUCGAAGCGUGCCCUUGAUAGUGAAGGGGGUGGGAGAGUUUCAGUGGAGAGGAAUAAAUGGGAUUAGGUCAGGGGUUUCAAAUAGAGUUAGAGCUAAAGAAGGAGUAGCAAUAAUGUUGAAGGAUAAGCUAUGGCAGGAAAAGAGGGACUAUAAAUGUAUUAAUUCAAGGAUUAUGUGGAGUAAAAUAAAGAUUGGAUGUGAAAAGUGGGUUAUAAUAAGCGUGUAUGCACCUGGAGAAGAGAGAAAUGUAGAGGAGAGAGAUUUUGGGAAAUGUUGAGUGAAUGCGUGGGGAGUUUUGAAUCAAGUGUGAGAGUAAUGGUGGUUGGGGAUUUCAAUGCUAAAGUGGGUAAAAAUGUUAUGGAGGGAGUAGUAGGUAAAUUUGGGGUGCCAGGGGUAAAUGUAAAUGGGGAGCCUUUAAUUGAGCUAUGUGUAGAAAGAGAUUUGGUAAUAAUACAUAUUUUAUGAAAAAGAGGAUAAAUAAAUAUACAAAGUAUGAUGUAGCACGUAAUGAAAGUAGUUUGUUAGAUUAUGUAUUGGUGGAUAAAAGGUUGAUGGGUAGGCUCCAGGAUGUACAUGUUUAUAGAGGGGCAACUGAUAUAUCGGAUCAUUAUUUAGUUGUAGCUACAGUUAGAGUAAGAGGUAGAUGGGAAAAGAGGAAGGUGGCAACAAGAAGUAAGAGGGAGGUGAAAGUGUAUAAACUAAGGGAGGAAGAAGUUCGGGUGAGAUAUAAGCGACUAUUGGCAGAAAGGUGGGCUAGUGCAAAGAUGAGUAGUGGGGGGGGUUGAAGAGGGUUGGAAUAGUUUUAAAAAUGCAGUAUUAGAAUGUGGGGCAGAAGUUUGUGGUUAUAGGAGGGUGGUGGCAGGAGGAAAGAGGAGUGAUUGGUGGAAUGAUGAAGUAAAGGGUGUGAUAAAAGAGAAAAAGGUAGCUUAUGAGAAGUUUUUACAAAGCAGAAGUGUUAUAAGAAGAGCAGAGUAUAUGGAGAGUAAAAGAAAGGUAAAGAGAGUGGUGAGAGAGUGCAAAAGGAGAGCAGAUGAUAGAGUGAGAGAGGCACUGUCAAGAAAUUUUAAUGAAAAUAAGAAAAAAUUUUGGAGUGAGUUAAACAACUUAAGAAAGCCUAGGGAAAGUAUGGAUUUGUCAGUUAAAAACAGAGUAGGGGAGUUAGUAGAUGGGGAGAUGGAGGUAUUAGGUAGAUGGCGAGAAUAUUUUGAGGAACUUUUAAAUGUUAAGGAAGAAACAGAGGCAGUAAUAUCAUGCACUGGUCAGGGAGGUAUACCAUCUUUUAGGAGUAAAGAAGAGCAGAAUGUAAGUGUGGGGGAGGUACGUGAGGCAUUAUGUAAAAUGAAAGGGGGUAAAGCAGCUGGAACUGAUGGGAUCAUGACAGAAAUGUUAAAAGCAGGGGGG